ACUUCAUGGCUUAUGAGCAGCUAGAAACUUCUUGAAUCAGGACCGCUUUCUCUGAUCUCGAGGGUUGUCUUUCUCCUGACCGAGUCGUGAAUCGAUCUAGUCUUUUCCUAGCAUUGUUUUAAAGGGUUUUAAUAUAGCACGGGUUGCUUUGGGUGCAAAAAUGGAAAAUCCUAAGGUCUCGGGUAAAGAGACGAUCUCGCUGGUCGUUAAAACGCCUAAUCAGUUUCACGGUGAUCAGCUGAUUGAAGGAGUGCGCAUGGACUGGACAGUGAAGGAUCUCAAAUGUCACCUCUCGAAGGUCUAUCCCAACAACCCGGCUGAGAAAGAUCAAAGACUCAUUUACUCGGGCAAGCUCCUUCUGGACAACCUGCACAUAAGAGAUGUUUUUUCUAAGGUACCUCCAGAAACCAAAGCCACUCUUCACUUGGUGUGUGCUUUGAGACCCCAGUCGUCUGCCCAGCUAGGAGCAAGACCCAAAAUAACCUCAGCUACAGGGCAGCAGAGUUCCCAGCCCUCACUGCUUACUGCUAGCCAAAGCACAGAGUCUGUUUCUGCAAGACCAUCUGUGACCUCUUUACCCUCUACAGAUGGCCUUAGACAGCGAGGUCAAGCCACAUCCACUGCUGCAUGGCCUGGCACUAGUACCGGCACAUCCAUGCCUGUAACGGCUGCAAUGGACCACCCAGUUUUCCCCACCUACUCACUCUACAGUCCACAACAGCUUCUGUGGUUGCAGCAGAUGUACGCCCACCAGUACUACAUGCAAUAUCAUGCUGCUAUGGCAGCUGCCACCUCAACUCCAAUGGCCACCCCUCCAGCUGCUUCCACACUCCCUGUUGCCCCUCAUCAAGCCGCUGUACCUGCAGCUUUACCCAAUCAGGGCCCCAUCAAUGACCUGCCGGCCAAUCAGAAUGCCCCAGGUCCUGCAUUCAUCAACCCAGAGGGUGCCAAUCAGAAUCUGCGAAUGAAUGCCCAGGGUGGGCCAGUGAUGGAAGAUGAGGAGGACAUGAACCGUGAUUGGCUUGAUUGGGUGUACACCGCAACCCGAAUGGGUAUCUUCCUGAGCAUUGUGUACUUCUACUCCAGCGUGAGCCGCUUUAUGCUGGUCAUGAGCAGCCUGUUAAUUAUGUACCUGCACACAGCAGGCUGGUUUCCCUUUAGACAGAGACCUCAAGCCAGGCCUCCUAAUCAGCCAGCAGCAGAGGUCAUACAGAACCAACAAAACCAGAAUGAGGAUAGACAUCAACUGGCACAGCCUCCUGCUGGAGUGGAGGGUGCAGUUGCAGCUCCAGAGGAAGUUGUUCAGCCCCCCAUGGCAGCAGUGCCUGUUGCCCCAAUCAGACCACCAAUCCUCUGGACAGCCUGGGUCUUCUUCAAAGCCUUCUUUGCUUCCUUGAUACCAGAGAUUCCACAGGGUAUAGGAAACUGAUAAAGAUCCAGAUGGACAGAAACAACAAGAAUCAAAACUGGAGCCCAUGGCCGGACCAUUUGGACUGGAAAUUAAACAUAAAUAAAGGCUACAAGUCCUAGAUUGUUUCACAGUAGCACUUUCUAGUCCUGUGGCUAAACACAUGUGAGCAAGAUUUCUCUCUCUUCCUUUUUCCCAAAUGGUUACACAUACUGUAAACAAGUGCUGGGACUUGGAGAUGUAAAUAUUUCUGUACAGUUUUUGUACAGCACAUAAGAUUUAACUACACCGGAUGAAUGGUAUCGGUCACUUGGCCCGAUCCUCUUGUGUCUGGCUCCUGUUGGAAGUCCUCUGCCGUGAGAGAUCCGGGGAUUAAACUCAUGGACUAAUUUUAUUAUGGUCCUAGUAAGAUGAAAAGUGAAGGUCAUACAUUAAUUCUGUUCUAUGUAUGUGAAUGGAUGGUGGCUCCUUGGCUUGGAGAAUGCAUUUAAGGCACUUGUAAGGAAAUAUGCUCACUGGUUCUCUUUAAAUUGUUUUCGACUUGUAAAAUGAGUAUGGUAAUGUUAACGUUCAUGAAGAGGGUUUGGCAUGUGUUCAAGUGUUGUGAGCAGGAACAUUUUCAAUUCAAAAAGCACGUAAGAGUUGGUUUUUGUCCUGGGACUAAAAAAAAAAAAAACUGGGUAAACCUUUCUGUAUUCUGUAUUUCCUUUACAUAAAGAAACUGCACUUUUGAAACAUGACAGGAACCAAAAGAGGACUAGUUCUGAAAGAGAUGAAAAAAUACAGUUUUAGAUCUGGAGGUUUUCAAAACUGUAGCAUUGCUGUUAUUUAUGUAUAAAAAUUAGCUGUGCUAUUAACAUUAUUAAGAUAAGCCUCUGUACAAGGAAAUUAAAUAAACACUUCUUUGUCCAGUUUCA